AUGACGACCAAGCCAACUCACUACUCUCACCCCGCCCCCGCCCCAGGUCAAGGUCAAGGUCAAGGUCAAGGUCAGGGUAGACAUGUCUCCUUCAUCAUCCCAGUCUACUCCUACACCCACGGAACACAAUGGGGCUUUAACCGGCUCAUCCCAACCCAUCCAGGCAUCAGCCAGAUGGACGAUCCUACCCUAACUCUAGCCAAUACAUUAGCCUAUCUCGACGGCGAUACUGGAAUUCCACGAUCGUUGCUGAUGCGUGCCGGCCGUUCACAGAGACGAUGGAAUCUAGAUGGAGAGCCAGAGGACGUAUCGCCAGAAGAGACGAAGAUUGCAUCGGACUUGGUUGGAGUUUUGUCUGAUGCUGACCAUCUUCAAAAUGCUAUCGACCAAUUAUGUUUCCGAGGGGCGCUCGUUCGUACCACGUACCCUGGUCAUGGAGAUUGCGAUAUUUACAGGAUGGAUGCUGCGACUCGCGCCAUGUACAAACAGAGUAGUCUUGUUGACCCGCAACAUGGGAUGCUGCAGGCACUGCUGCUUGUUUGUCAUGCAUUUCCAGUGGAUAUUCACUUGGAUUCUGAUUUUCGCGAGCUAGGUUCGGCAUACGUACCCCAGCUCCAACAUGUCGUUUCCCAACAUUACGAUGCACUACAAGCUCUAGGCGCCCUGACAAACGACAUGAGAAAAACCUUGGCUUAUGUUCUGGUCCACAGCUCUUGUCUGUCAUCAACCGCAUGGCGAUUAGAGGCCAUCGAAAGGGCGGGCAAGAUUGCAUCCAACUUGGUAACACCGGACAGAUGCCUCGAGAGAAUGAUUCUCUUGCAAACGAUUAUUCAAAAUUGCUCAAAUAUGAGCUUUGAAGACUACAGUGAAUGCGCCGGUUUCUCUCAUGCUAGCAACAAGCUGAAUGCUCUUUCCGGACAGGUCUUUCUGGCCCGUUGUAAUCAGCAUCUGCGAAACGAAAAAGGCAUCGCGGCAGCCUUUGAACUAUUGUUGCAGAUCCGCCCUAUCAAUUUGAAUCACAUAUCGACAAUGGAGGAGCUCGUCUUACAGCAUAAGGCUCUUGCCUGGGGUCGACUGUUGCGAUUUCAAGGUCAUUUCGAGGAUGCUUGUGAACUGCUAGAAGCUGUGUACGAUGCGCGGGCUUACCCUGAAGGUGUUGUAUCUAUUGGGGACUCCAACUGCGAGUUGCUUUCACAGAUAGCAGAGACAUACUGUGAACUAGAAAAACCCGUCAGAGCGGAGAUAUUAGUAUCGGCGAAAUUGGAGAGUAUGCGUGAGAAGAGAAGCAACGAGACCAAUCUGGGCCAAUGCAAGACUGACAUCCUGAAAUUGGCUUUUGCUCAAGCAGAGGCAGCUCUACAACAGCGCGAGUACUGGAGAGCCUUUGACUUAUACCGAGAUAUGAAUCGAUAUAUUUGGAGUACUCGCGGGCUCCAAAACUGGGUCCGGGCAGUGUGUCGCAUGCACAUAGGCCUCGCGAGAGUACAUCAUCUUCAGGGCGAAUGGGCUUUGGCAUUGAAGUACUGGGAACGUGCGUUGCGCAUGUUUGAAAAACAUCCUGGUUCUCAGGACUUCGGAGCUGCAGUCACGUAUGCGUCGAUUGCUUAUGUGAAGCUCCGGUUGAAUGAUAUAGAUAGUGCGAGGUCUUUUGCCACCAAAGCCCAAGACCUGUUCAAGAUCACAGGUCGGCAGCACUGGUAUACAGGGUUGGGAUCUAGGUGGUACGAUGAGAUGCUCGCUGGGUUGAAGGAUGUCUUGCAGUCAGUCUGA